UUUAAAUUUAGUUCUUUAACUAUAAUUAUAAUUUUUUGCUGUACCAAAUUAUCUAUUAAUUGCAUAAAGAUGCCUUUAAGUGACUUAGCGAAAAUCGCGAUUGGUUGGUCAAUAGUAACUUUUGCGGGCAUUUAUGCUUUCGUGGUGUCAAAGGACUCGAUUAUUAGAAAUCGAUACGAAAGUAUGCAAGUACGUCAGCGUAUGAAGAAGGCAAAUAUUGGUGACUACGAGAAAGUGGGGAACAGGCGUUUCAACUGAUUCUUUAAAAUGGCACCAUUU